AGCCCCUGUCUUUUAAGGCAGAAGUGUUUGCUGUUUACGGAACAAUCCCUAACCUCAAUCCCUCCCAUUACCAUUACCCCUCUCAAAAUGUCCGACUCGGAAAUCACCUCCGCUGCCGCACCGGAGCAAGAAACCACCGUCCAACCACCGCAGCCCAACCCUGAGAAACCCUCCGCCACCAACCUCAGCGGCAUCUCCUUCAGCAUUUGGCCUCCCACCCAGCGCACCCGCGACGCCGUCAUCAACCGCCUGAUCGAAACCCUAUCCACCCCCUCUGUCCUCUCCAAGCGCUACGGAACAAUGCCUGCCGAUGAGGCCUCCGCCGCUGCUCGCCAGAUCGAGGAUGAGGCCUUUGCUGCCGCCGGUGGCUCCGCCGCUGCUGAUACCGACGGCAUCGAGAUCCUCCAGGUGUACUCCAAGGAGAUCAGCAAGCGGAUGCUCGAUAGUGUCAAGUCCAGAGCCACCACAGGUUCCGCCGCCGCUGAUAACGGUGCUUCUGAUGUUCCUCCUUCCCCUUCCCCUGCCGAAGAGGAUGCUCCUCCCGCAGCUGAUUCUGAAACCUGAUUAUCAUCAGGGUUUAUAGUAUGUUAUUGAGGGAUUAUAUUUUAAUGUUUUUGUUAUACUAGGAUGAUCUAUCUAUCUGUCUGUGGAACCUUAUUAUAUUUCUUGUGCCACCACUGCUGAUUAUAACCUUUCCCUUGAACCUAUACCAUGGUGUUAAAGUUUACCUCAUUUGUGUUCAA